GAAUUUUUGGUCGAAGAAAAGAAAGAAAAAAAAAUGGCGACGGUACAAUUGUUCAGCCAAUCCCCCUGCAAAACUCGAGUUUCGAGCUCAGCAAACUCAAAAUCCCUUUCCAAGCCUCCGAUUCUGGUGCCGGCAAGCUCGAUUACUCGCCGUCCAGUGCUCUCGACCGGACGAUUCGCUGUUUCCCGGGCGGAUUUCAGAGUACGAGUCACCGAUGCGGAAGACGAAUGGGGUCCGGAGACAGGGGAGAGAGGAUCUGCUCUAUCGGUGGCGGAGGAAGCAAUCGAAGCCGUGGAGGAGACGGAGGUUCUCAAGAGAACACUGGCGGAUUCGUUGUACGGAACAGAUCGUGGUUUGAGCGCGUCGAGCGAGACCAGAGCCGAAAUCGGAGAUCUGAUCACACAGCUCGAGUCGAAAAACCCUACCCCGGCUCCGACGGAAGCUCUCUUCCUUCUCAACGGCAAAUGGAUCCUCGCCUACACAUCGUUCGUUGGUUUGUUCCCUUUGCUUUCACGAGGAAUCGUGCCUUUAGUAAAAGUCGAUGAGAUCUCACAAACCAUUGAUUCAGAAAACUUCACCGUCCAGAACUCCGUUCGUUUCGCUGGUCCUUUAGCUACAACCUCAAUUAGCACAAAUGCCAAAUUCGAAAUCCGAAGCCCAAAACGCGUCCAGAUUAAGUUCGAGCAAGGAGUAAUCGGGACUCCUCAGCUAACGGAUUCGAUUGAGAUCCCUGAGUAUGUUGAGGUUCUUGGUCAAAAGAUUGAUCUUAACCCGAUCAGAGGGUUGCUUACCUCGGUACAAGACACAGCCUCGUCUGUGGCUAGAACCAUAUCGAGCCAACCACCAUUGAAAUUCUCUUUGCCAGGGGACAAUGCACAGUCUUGGCUGCUCACGACUUAUCUGGACAAAGACAUUAGGAUCUCUAGAGGAGACGGUGGAAGCGUCUUUGUGCUUAUCAAAGAAGGAAGCCCUCUCUUGAACCCUUGAACCGCCAAAAUCUCUCUCUCUCGUCUAUUCUUAGUACAAAAUAAGUGUUCAAUAGUGUUGUUAUAGGUUUACUUCUUAAUCGUUAUUAUUAACUCGGAUAAUAUGGAAAUUAAGAAAUAAUGUUGAAACUGCUAUGUAGCUUCUUUUGCUAUGGCCUAUAGGUCUAAGACUUGUUUUUCAGAUUUUCACAAAUACAAAUCAUUUAUGAU